AGUGAGAGCCUUGAGUCUCUUUAUAUAGGGAUGAUAAGCCGCCUCUCUAGCGAUAUUCUUGGAAGAUUUCCGUUUAUCUUGAAAUUCCGUCUUAUCAUUUCCGGGUAUAUCGGAAAUGAUGCCUUGAUUGGAAAUGAUACCUCUGAAGGUGAAUAUUUUCUAAGUCCUUGCCUCGGAAAGGUUCUCUACAUUCUGCCUCGGGCACCACAUUCUGCCUCGGGUAACAUUGACACUUUCACUUCGGGGCAUAAUGAGGCUUCGCCUCGGGUGCGCUUGAUACUGCCUCGGGACAGCAUGUGCAUUCGGCUCGGGUCGAAGCGAAACGUUACUGCCGCUCCGAGCCGUUGCACCCGAGCCAAUCCAACCGAUGUCCCUGAGCCGAUUUGGGAGAUGUUCCCGAGCCAAAUCGACGGCGUGUCACGAGCCGAUUUGGGAGAUGGCCCGAGCUGGUCGUCGAUGUAUCGGAAAGGUUGUGGUUUGGCUCGGUCAUAAUUGAUGUCCCUUUCUGAUUCGAGUGAUUCUUCCCGAGGCAGAAAUAUCCCAGUUCAUAAGCGGAAGAUGGUUUGGAGCAGUUCAGACGGAUCCGAGGCCAGUUUAUCAGGCCGAGCCGAUCCGAGCAGUGGUGCGGAGUCGUCAUCUGAGCAACGGGGAAAUCCGAAUCGAUUUGUGGCUCGGGAGGAUACAAUUGCUGAUGUAGUUCGGGAUGAGGAUCUUCCGGAUGAUCCCGAGGCGAUUUUGAAUAGGAGGACGCGUCCUCCGGCUUCGGAUGAAGCUGGUGUUUCUCGCUGGCAGGAUGUGCCCGAGCUGCCGGUUUUGCCCGAGGUGAAGGGCGAGAUGGUUACUUAUGAUCCCGAGGAGGGAGCCAGGCUACUUCAGCUGGCGAUUCAAGGUGCCAAGGCUCUGAGGAAGAAAACCCGAGCCAAGAAAGUGAAGAAGCCUGAUCCUCCCGGUUCCACUCUGUCGACUUCUGACUCUCUUCGGGAAUUAAAAGCACGUUUUAAUUUCAGCGAAGGGGUGACUCUGCGGUUGCCGACCCCCAAUGAGAGAGCUGAUGAUCCUCCCGAGGGGUUCUUCACCUUGUACGAAGGAUUCUUCUACUUCUGCUUUCUUUGGUUUCCAAUACCGAGGCCAAUCAUUGAGUAUUUGUGGUCGUAUAAGCUCGCUUUGGCUCAGAUUACAACCCGAGGCCUUCGCCAUUUGAUCGGGAUUCUGGUGCGGGGGAUCGAGACGUACAACAAUGUCGGUCUCGAUCACCUGAGGAAUCUGCUGGAGAUUCGACGCGUUCCGGGUUGUGCCAUGGAGAGAUAUUACAUCUCUCCUAGUCCGAGGCGAAGGGUUAUUGGUGGCUUUCCGAGCAAAGAUGAGAAGUACACCGAUCAUUUUUUCUUCGUUGCCCUUGACGAAGAUUGUGUUCCCGAGGGCUGCCUUGAGAAAAUGAUCGGGAAAUGGAGGAAGAUUGACCGAGGCCCGAGCUUUUUGGAUCGUAUUCCCGAGGACCUUUUCAGCGUACGUGAGGAGUUAGCUGCUAGAAAGUGUCACUGGAUCAAGCAUUUCUCUCAAGCAAGGAUUGAAAAGGCGUUAAGGGUUCUUCACGGUGCGUCUUGUUCUACUUCUUCAUCCUCUUCGGAUCAGAGGUUAAGUUUUCUGACAGAAAUGCAAGGAGUGAAGAUGUCCUUGAGAGAGAAGAAGGCCGCCGAGAAGAAGGCGCGCGAGGAGGAGAGGGCGAUCAAGGCAGCUUUUGGGCCUUUAACCCUGUCCGAGGCGACUGGGGGCAAUGAGGUAACCAUUGACCCCGAGGUGGUAGUUGAUCCAGCAGGAUCGGGGGCCGACCUAGCCGUUACUGUGGCUCACCCCGAGGUUCCCGAGGGUAUCCCGACUGGGGAUGUUGCUGGCCGAGCUCCCGAGACUGGGAGCACGUUGGUGGUUGGUCUGCGUGCCGGAGGGCAGACCAAAUCUAAGGGAAAACGUCCUCGGGGAGAACAUUCCGAGGACGUGCGCAAGAGGUCGAAGAAAACUCCCAGCUCUUCUCGGCCCAUUUAUAAGGACAAGGUUGCUUCUGCCAACCUCAUCGCUUCUUGCGCCUGGCCGCUACUUCCCGCCCCAGAGGGUUUGGUCGAGGCGGAGCGGUACGGUGAGACCGCGGCCAAUUUCCUAAAGGCCUUCUCCUCGAUGAACAUGAUGGUUCAUUCCUACGAUUCUGCGGCUCGCGCGUAUGAGGCGGCUAAGGAGCAGGCGGAGCUAGCCCGGGUUGAGGCCGAGGCGAAGGCAGCCGAGGCGGCUAUGGCGAUACAGAGCGCCGAGGCGUUGAUUGUAGCCGAGCAAGACGCGAGGCGAAAAAUGGCCGAGGAGCAUCUUCGUGCUCAGCGGGAGGCCGAGGCGGCGAUUGAGAGCCUUAAUCGCCUGUUAACCGAGGAGAAAUCCCUUCGUGAGGUUGAGGUGGCCCGAGCCACGAAGGCUGCCAAGAGGGAGCUCACUGAAGAGUUUGCCGAAAAGGUCAAGGCGACCGAGGCGAAGCUGGGGCUGUUCGACAAGGUCUCCGAGCGAUACAUCUAUUUCUCGCAAGCCAAGGCUAAUGCCGAGCUGAUCGAAAUGCUCGAAUCCGGUGGGAAGAUUGAGGAGGAGAAGGAGGAGGUGCUAAAGUGGAAAGAAGAGUACGGGGAUGCCGAAGCUGAGUACGCCAAACUUGGGGCGGAGCUUCUUGGAGAUUUGAAGGUUGCUCCGGUGUCUCCCGACUCUGUUCAGAAUGCCCUCGGAGAUAUGCCGGUAGAAGAAGUGGUCGAGACUGAAGUUGUCGAUCCGGUCGGGCCAAGUUUCACCUCCGAGGUCGCGCAGAUUCUAGAGAAGGAAGAUUGAUCGCGAGGCGCCACCUCUUUUCUUUUUUGUUUUAAGUUUUUGUUUUGGUAAAACACAUGCCUGGAUGGCUUUAUCCAUUUAAUAAUGAAUAUUUUUGUUU